GCAACCACAUCCAACACAGAGAAGCUCACCAACUCCCUGCAAUUCUUUGUGGAGGUCGCUUCGUACUUCAAGAUGACAAAUCAGCAGCCAGCAGAUGCUGACAUGGUUACCAAAGUCUUCCAUGAGGUCGUGGUGGUGGGCCGGCGAUGGCUCAUGGCUUGGGAGGAUGGCAUGCAGGGUGUAUACCGCUUGGAGGGACAAACAUCAUCUUCAGUGGUGCGUUCUCAUGUCCUUCAUGACAGUACCGAUACUUGCCCAGCUUUGAUAGACAAUCUUGGGGAGAAGACAGCCAAGUUCACGACCGACCUCAUCAUGAAGCAACAGGGAAGCUCUCGCACUGUCUUCAAUGAACCAAGCAUGAGCAAAGCGUCAUCCUUCUUGGCCAUCACAAACAACCUGGAUAGUCUUCUUGGUGAUGGACCUGUACAAGAGAAAGCAUCUUCUCCGGCGCCAGUGCCUGAGCCUGUGCCAGCCACACACACAGCUCCUUCUUCCAAAGAUGAGGCUGAUGAGUGCAUUCAUCCAACGUCCCGUUUUGAUGCCCUUCGAUCCCAAGUGGCAUCACCCAAGAAGGCGACAGCCAAGCCAAAGGCUAAAUCCAAGGCCAAGACAGAGCCAAAGCCAACAGAUGAUAAGCCUCCUGCCAAGAGGGCCAAGAAGACGGAUCAGGAGUCACGUGUGAGGGAUAUGAAUCCUGAUUCGAUCGCCUCGUCAACUAACAAGCACACCAGUGCAGCAAUGGGGCAGCAAGACCAGGCCUGGUACGCAAGCACCAAGGAUGAGUUGGUUUCCCUUCUAGACUGCAGUGCAAUGAAGUCCGCUGAGAAUGAUUUCAAGGCAGAUGCAGGUGCCAAGACCAAGGAUGCCAAUAGUCUUCUUGGCAAAGUGAGAGGCAAGAAGCGGGUAGUGAAGCGACGGAGCAAAGAAAACCAGGCAGACUUUAUGCCUUUGUUGGAUGAGGCUGAAUCCGUGCUGUGCACCUUCCUUGUGGUCCUGAAGGCUGUGACUCGUGGGGCAGGACCUUCUGGAGACGAGCUUCCUGCCAAGAUUCAAUCCCUCGUUUCAUUUGGAGCAGUUCCAGGUCUGGAGCUGAUGAAACGGAUUGGAAAGCAUAUGUGGAGCGAUGACCUCCGGUUCAUGCGUUGGGAUGCUAUGGUGGGCUCCACGUUGAAGUUUGUCAGGGACACGAUUGACCGGGAUGACUUUGAUCCAGAGCCCUUGAUCAAACAGCAAAUGAAUGUCAUUUUGCAGAAGCUUCUGAAAGGAAUUCCGGCUGACAAAGUCCCUUGGCUUUUCUAA